UCUUUUCAGCGGACCGAGGAGAAGCCCACAACCCACGACGACUCCUCCACGACAACGGCAAACGGCUAUCGACCGGCACCGCGACGGGGUGAAGCAGAGCGUGUUAGAGGAUGAUGUGUUGAAGGAGGAGCUGAGGGAGUUACUGUGUGUCGGAGAACUUGGAGAGGCAGCGGCGACGAAGGCUGCUGUCGAUGCGGAGAACAUUCGCGCACUGGUCGCCUCUAUAGAGACGCUGAAGCUACACUCCCACAGCAACAUCGGCCGCGCUGCCUACAACACCGUCAUUGCCGCAGCUGCUGGAGCGGAGCACACGUGCGAUCCUGAUUACCCUUGCACGCCGGAUGAGCCGCGCGCACCUGCUGAGCCGCAGGGUGCCGUCAGCCUUGCCGCGCGAGCAUAGGGUCUUGGUGUGAGAUACCAUACGUUCCGUGCAGCGCGUACCCGGAUGCACAGGACUGACCACACCAUACCUCCACAGGAAGCUUUGGAGAAGGGGAGAUACCUCUGGGCUCCUCGCAAGGAAAGGAGCGACAAGAUGGACGAACGUGUCAUGGGUUUGGCGAGGAGGUUCUGGCACUCUGACGAUAUUUCUCGUGCGUCGGGAGACUCCGGGACGAAAGCUAUGUGGAGGCCGUCCAAGAAGGCAGGGGAGGAGUAUCACCCCCGUAGGCAGCUCAUGGUCGCGGGGGACCAAGUAUGGCACAAGUUUCUGAAGUGGCCGGAGUACUUGGGGCUUAAGGCGGAGCUGCUGAGGGAAGACAGCAGCUUCACGGACCCUGGGCGGACGCUGUUCCUCUCGACGCGGUGUGGGUGUUUAGUGGAACCCAAGAUAUCGCCAUGUGCAUGCCAGAUCCACACGCAGCAGGGGCUGUACCUGAAGGUCGAGAUGUUGAUGCCUGCAAUGCAUUCCAACUGUGACUGCACGUGCAAGCGGUGCGACGGGGGGAGUGGGUGUGGAAAGUGGAUGGCCAUGUGUAAAGAUCUGCACAGCUUUUCAGAGGCUUUGGCUUGCGAGAAGGUAGACUUUCUUGAGGAGGACCGAGGGGGUAAGUUUGAGCACUGGGGGAGGAAGCCCGCAUGCGUUGCGAUGGAAUGUUCCGAAUGCGGGUUUGGCAACCCAGGUGGCAUCCCCAUGAACUGCGAUGCCCUGGGGUCUAUGGCGGACAGAGUAGUCGGGUGGCUUCGAUUCGAGGAUCAAGUCAUGGAGGAUGGGAAGGUGCACAAGAAGCAGCAGAUACCCCAGGCCGGAAAACUGGACGACCUGUGGAAGGAGUUUGUGGAGCACUCGAAGAAGUACAUUCAUCACCACGAGCUAGCAAAGUGGCAGCGCCAAGCCCACAACAUGUGCCUGGCGACGUUCGGCAAAGGCGAGCUGUUGGUGGAGACCGACUUUAUCGAGAAGUACAAGCACGAGGCUGGCGCUGUCUUGACGUGCGCUACUGCGCCCUCCACGACCAUGAUGGUGGCUCUAGUUCACCACAGUCCUGACGACGACGGUCGGCAUGAGACAGACGCAUGGGUAUUCGUAUCGAGUGACCCCAACCAUGACUUCGAUUUCCACAUCUACGCCAUGGACAUCAUCCUUCGGUACUACAUCACGGGGGAUGGGCGGGCCGCUACUGCUGGAACACCGGUCCCCACGGUGCACAUCUUCACCGACGGGUGCGCCAAACAGUACAAGGGGAAGCACAACUUUUACGCUGUGGCCAAGAGCUUGCACAGGCUUGGUGUCGUCCUCAUCCACAACUUCGCGGUCACGUCGCACUUCAAAGGCGCCCACGAUGGCAUCGGGGGGUUGCUGAAGGCUCUGUUGCGAGAAGCGGAGAAAAGGGGCCAGCGCAUUCACAACACCCAAGCCGCAGCCGACUUCCUCCAAGUCUACGCCGAGGCAAAGGAGGAUGGAGGAGGUCACUUUUCAAGCUGGUCCCCCUACCGGAUCAAGAGGUUCCACAUCAAGCUUCUUGGACACCGAGAGAUCCCUCGCCCGUUCGUAGAUUUGACGGGCAUCUCUGGGAGUUCCAAGCUGUACCAGUUCAUGGGAGCGGAGGUCCAGGAGGAGGAGAGCUCGGGCGUAGGCGUAGAGGUGCAGACAGAGAACGGGGUUCCCCUCGUAGGUGGCGAGAAAGAGGUUGUAGCUAACCCGCAGAGAUGGCAGGCGGACGAAUCAACCGUUCUGACGCUUCCGACUGUCACGAAGCGAUACAAGCUACGCGUUCGCCAGGCGUCGUGCUACUGCUCGUGUAGUGUUGGAGCUUACGACGACUGCGUCCCGGCCAAGAAGUAAUCGGGGAUGGUGGGUAUGGUGAAGGCUGUGUCGGGCAAGCACAGGGUUACUCGGACGUCCUGUGGUGUAGGGAAUUGAGGGGUGUCCGUGGUGCACGUCAUGUUCUCGUGUUUGGCGCCUUGUUCUCUUCCAUAUUCUUUUGUUUCUUUGGGUAGUUUUGUUGCAGUUUUUGUACUUUUUUUGUUGAAGUGUGCUGUUUGUUGCAUGUUGCUGUUCAUAUGCAGCGGCAGGUCGUCUCCCUUUGGCGGUUUGGGAUAUCAACGAAGGGUCUCCAGCAGGAGAAAACAAAAAUUUGCGUCUGUGGCUAAUAUUUUCACGGUUUAUCGCCGAAAUGGGCUGUCUUUUUCUAUA